AUGCAACAGCUCCAGGCGGAGGCGGAGCAGUACUACCUCCCCCAGCCGCCGGACUACGCCUCCGAGGGCGCCGGCUACGUCCCGCCCUACGCCUCCUGCAGCGCCGGCGGCUUCUACAACUCGCACUUCGGCGCGCACAGCCCGCGCUUCAGCCCGUCGCGCUCGUCGUCGGCGCCGAGCCCCAGCGCCGCCCACUUCCAGCUCGUGCCCAGCGCCCCUCACCCCGUCGGCGACUCCUACUCCGGCCUCAACCCGUUCGCCUCCGCUUUCCAGAGCACGCUGAGCGCGAACCCGGUGGACUACCGAUCCUGGAUCCCCGCGCCUGCCCGCUACUACUACCCGACGCUGGAGCAGGUCCGCUCGCGCCUGCGCCGCCGCCCGAUGGAUCCCGACCUCCUGAGGUUCCCGGAGACUGCGGCCCACGUGGCCCGCCUGCUCCUGGAGGGCGACGAGCAGGCGCGCCGGAGCGUGCUCGUUAGGGUCAGGAGCGACGUGCUCAGCGUCACGGGAACCAGCGAGAGGCAGGCCGUUUUCCUCGCGCUGCUUCGCGCCUGCGCGAAGCGGCCCGACGAGCUCCGGGACAUCGUCGAGGGCCUGUGCAAGGGCAAUGGCUUUCUGAUGGGCGUCGCCAAGCACAAUCACGGGUUGGCAACUGUUGUGAAGGAGCUCGUCAGGGCCCUGGUGCCUCACCCCCAGCUGCUCGUGCAGCUCAUCUGCUGGCUCCUCCGCGAACGCCUCAUGGAGCAGUACAAUGGCGGGGAGCUGCUUCAGUACUGCUUCACCACGAUGUCUUACGAGGACAGCAAGGUCAUAAUCCAGUUCGCCACCGUGAUCGUCGACGAGCUGCUCUUCUCGUCGUUCGGGUCGAGGUGCCUGGCGGAAUGCCUGGUGUACGCGAGGAACGGCGAGCUCCGCGCCCUCGAGGACAUCAUCCUGAACCGCACCGCCGAGAUCGCCAUGGGCCAGUACAGCAACUACUUCCUGCAGCGCGCCAUCGAGUGCGGCAGCCAGCUCCUCCAGGUGGCCAUCGCCGACCGCGUGGCGGCGGACGUGGCCAGCCUGUCCCUGGACCGGUUCGGGAGCUACGUGGUGGAGGCCUCCUUCCUCCUGCCGCGCACGCCGGUGCCGCUGCAGCGCCUGCUCGCCGCGUUCGUGAGCCUCCGCGGCAACGAGCUCGCCGAUCUGGUGCGGGGCAGCUACUCCAACUACGUCGUCUCCAAGCUGCUCGACGCCGCCAAGAACCACUUCCCGCAGGAGGCGAGGCUGCUGGCGCGGCGGAUCGAGGGGCUCCCCAUGUCGGUCCAGCGCGAGAUGCACGCGCGGGGGGUGAUGAGGACCGUCGGCAAACUCAACCACAGGCACCUAGGCAGCCACCGCACGCCAUACUAG